UUGUUAGAUCAGAACUAAAAUGAGCGGCAGAGGUAAAACCGGCGGUAAGGCGAGAGCGAAGGCCAAGACUCGCUCAUCCAGAGCUGGACUGCAGUUCCCCGUCGGUCGUGUUCACAGACUUCUCCGUAAAGGCAACUAUGCUGAGCGUGUCGGUGCCGGUGCUCCCGUCUAUCUGGCCGCAGUGCUCGAGUAUCUGACCGCUGAGAUCCUGGAGUUGGCCGGAAACGCCGCUCGUGACAACAAGAAGACUCGCAUCAUUCCCCGUCAUCUGCAGCUGGCGGUGCGCAAUGACGAGGAGCUGAACAAACUUCUGGGCGGUGUGACCAUCGCUCAGGGCGGCGUGCUGCCCAACAUCCAGGCUGUGCUGUUGCCCAAGAAGACUGAGAAGCCCGCCAAGACCAAAUAAACGAACACAAGUUCACUUUAACACAAAGGCUCUUUUAAGAGCCACCCACUCGAUCCAUAAGAGAGCAAAUUGAAUGCACAUAUGUUUUAAAUGUGAGUGGUUGUUAAAGUAAAUGCUUAUAAAUACGUGUAAAUUAUAUCAGAAGUUCUGCUGGCUUAUGUUAAGGAGUUUUAGUGUAAUGGUACAUAACAAUAUAUAAAGUUAAAAUGCAUUUCUGCGUUUGUUUACAUAUAAAAUGAAAGCACAAAUAAGAAAAUUGACUGAAUUCUCUCGUUAUUGUAAUCCUAUCAAUGUCAACACAUCUAUGAAAUUAUAGAACAAUGGGAAUGCGGGAAAGUGACGUUUUGUGUCAGUAUUAAAAUUAAGGUCUUUAAAGUCUUACAAAGUUCUAAAGAAUUGAUUUUGUUAAACAUGCUUUGGAAAGAUUUGAGCUUAAUGUUUUAUAUGCUUGUGAAUUUUGUGAACAGGAAAAGGAAAAUAAAUUCUAUUAGUAGAAAAUUGGGUAGUGUGCUAGA